AUGUGGAGAGUGCUGAAGAAGAUGACAGAGUGUACGAAAAGCGCGGUCAUGCUAGACGGAGAACUGUCUAAAUUCUUCGACAUUGAGCAGGGGGUUCCACAAGGUUGCACGCUGUCCCCCACAUUGUUCCAGGUGUUCAUCAACGAUCUGUUGGAAGUCGUAGAGGCAGUCCGGAAGGGAGUAAAAGUAGGGGACACGGAAACGUCGGUUUCAGGAAUGCUGUUUGCGGAUGAUUUUGUCGCUGCUGCCGCAAUUUUUUCAUUUUGCUGUUGUCCGCUCACCUUCCAGGGCAACGAGGACUGGCACUGUCGUAACUUCGCCUGUGUCGACCCGAACGCUCCCUGUGUAGACGAUGACAGCGUAACCGUAGACAUGAUCGAAAACUGCAGGUGGUCGACAGACAUCGGCGACGGAUACUGCAGUGAAGAUCUCAACACGCCCGAAUGCGGUAGGUCUUUGCCCGAGAAUCUCGCAUUCCCGUACCGGUGAACAAUAUGACUUUCUUGGAAGCAAGCUGAAAUAGGGAUUGGUUGCGAUGAAGAUGGUGUGUCGACUUAGACAUCCGAUGACCUCUGGACCAGCUGUUGCCAACAGAUGCCAGCGCUCAAAUAAGCUCCAAGGUCCAUGAAGGUCGCAAGCUCGGUUGAUUGGUUAUCUUGGUAGCUGUUGCGGCGAGAUCAUGGUGCGCGUGUUUGUGUUCGUCCCAUUUCCUCUGGCGCGGCCACAGUACGAACGUCUUGGUUCAUUUUUGUUUGACUUACUAGCAAGGGGUCACAUAGGAAGAAGGUCGUUCAGGAGGUUCUUUGAUUGUCCUGGGGUACGAGUUGCAGCGGUCGUGAGUUCGAAUUCCCACGGGGUGAAAAAUUUACGAAAUGUGCGGGUGAAAGCGAAAUAUUGCUGACAAGCUCUCGUGAGAACCGAACUUCGACGUUAGCACCGUUGACGAGGGAAAGGUACGGCUGGACCCUUCUCGCGAUAAAAAUAAAAUUCAGCACGCACCGCAGGAGGAAGGUGGGGCAUGAAAAGACAUGAAAAGAAGAAAAAAGCCCUGGUGUUGACCCCCU